UUCCUUUCCCUCGUUUUCUCUCUCUUCCUCCCAAAUAGCACGAAAAUGCAGUUAUUUCUAAUGAAAGGAAAAGAAAGGAGAGGAAAUGACUAAAAUUUCUGACCUCGGGAAAAAAUCUGAAUCCUUUCUCUUCUCUGGAUUAUCAUAAGUGCGCGGAUUUGUUGAUUGGAAUGUUUUACGUUCUCGUCGCCGGAUCUAUUUGACGUUCGAUUGCAUUUCUCCAUAUAAUAGUAUUGUGUUAUAGCGAAGAAGAAACAAAUCAUGAAGACGAUGGCGGAUGGGAUACAGGAUCUAAUCCGGGAAGCAAAGCUUCGGACGGUGUGGUGGAUGCUCUGUAUUUUCACCGUGACUUAUUUCUUGACGCAUACGAGUAAAUCCAUGGUAAUGAAUGUUCCAGUUGCUAUCCUCCUUGUUGCUGGAAUGAGGAUACUAUUUAAUGAGGUGGAUUUCCAGUGGAAGGUUCGAAAUGUCCGAGCAACAUCUUACUUAUCACACUUAGAAAAGAAGCAGCUAUCUGCAAAUGACUCGCGGCUUUGUACCAAGCCGCCCUCGCCACAAGAGUGGAAGAGAAAGAUAGACUCCCCUGUUGUUGAAGCUGCUCUUGAGGAAUUCGUAAACAAGGCUCUGACUGAGUUUGUCAUAGAUUUGUGGUAUUCAGAUAUCACACCUGACAAGGAGGCGCCAGAGCUUAUACAUGCUAUAAUCAUGGAAGUUUUUGGUGAUAUAGCUGGAAGACUUAAAGAAGUGAACCUUGUAGAGCUUCUAACAAGGGAUAUAGUAGACCUGAUUGGGGAUCAUAUUGAUCUCUUCAGAAGAAAUCAGAUUGUAAUUGGAAGGGAUGUCAUGAACACAUUAUCUUCUGAGGAACGGGACGAAAAGUUGAAACGACAUCUCAUGGUCUCCAAAGAGCUUCACCCUGCUUUGAUAUCUUCAGAGUGUGAGUACAAGGUAAUUCAGCAGCUCAUGGGUGGGCUUUUAGCUGUUGUGUUAAGACCAACUGAAGCUCGAUGCCCAUUAGUUCGAUGUAUUGCUCGUGAACUGUUAACUUGCUUGAUAAUACAACCUCUUGUGAAUUUCGCCAAUCCCGUGUAUAUCAAUGAGUUAAUUGAAUACAUAAUUGCACUGUGCACCGAGUGGGUCAAGAAUCUUGCCAAUGCUCGAUCAACAAAAAAGGCAGGUCAGAACUCUGGCCAAACUGCCCCUGGAGAUAAUGAUUCCAGCAACCAAGGGACUGGCAUGCCUCCAUCUCAGCUCAAUGAUAACAAGGAGCUAGAGUUAGGGGCAUCUGGAAGUUCCCAACCUACAACAACGCAGGAUGAGCAUAUUCAUGCACGACCUGCGGAGUGGGCAAAAGUGUUUGAGGCUGCAUCUCAGAGAAGAACAGAGGUUCUUGAGCCUGAAAAUCUUGAUUUCAUGUGGACUAUAGGAAGAAACUAUAAAAAGGACUUUCAGAAGAAGGCUGCAUCAGAAGUUCAAGCCCCUGAACUUACUAGUUCAGUUCCUAUAAAAGAGUCGGUACCUGAUAUCCAAACAGAAGAUAAAGGUCAUAAGGAUAGUUUCCCAAGUGAUCUCAGUUUUGCUGUCUCAAGCAGGCCACAGGAUGUCGAGGAAAAUGUGUUUAAUAAGCUAGAGAAUAAUCCUAGUGUUCUCAACCAUGAAAAUAAUAGAAAGUUUAAAAGAUCAAACAGCAUCUCUCAUUUUGAAGUUCGACCAAAACUGCAGCCUAUAAUUACUAAUGUUAGAGAUCUUACUCCAGAUGGCCAGAGGGGUUCAGCCAAGGCAUCGUACAAUGUAGUUAUGUAUGUUCCAAAACUCAGAUGUAGGGUUAUUGGAGCAUACUUCGAGAAACUUGGAUCAACUUCUUUUGCAGUUUACUCGAUUGCUGUGACAGGUGCUAACAACAUCACUUGGUUUGUUAAAAGAAGAUAUCGAAAUUUUGAGAGAUUGCAUAGGCAUCUUAGGGACAUUCCUAAUUAUACAUUGCAAUUGCCUCCAAAAAGGAUAUUCUCUUCUAGCACGGAAGAUUCAUUUGUGCACCAGCGUUGUAUCCAGCUUGACAAGUAUCUCCAAGAUCUCUUGUCAAUUCCCAAUGUUUCAGAGCAACAUGAAGUAUGGGAUUUUCUUAGUUCCUCAUCUAAGAAAUAUUCAUUCGGGAAAUCGACUUCAGUGAUAACAACGCUGGCAGUUAAUGUGGAUGGUGCUAUGGAUGAUAUUGCACGCCAGUUCAAAGGGGUUUCUGAUGGCCUAAUGAAGAUAGUGGCUAAGUCACCGUCAGCUACUUCUGAACCGCCAUCUUCAUUUGCAACCAAAACUGUGGCCUGGCGUUCUGAUGAUGUGAAUAAGCUGUUUAUGAAGUCAAAUACUGAUUCACAUAACAGUUUUUCUGAUAAUGAGGAAGGUGAUAAAGAUAUAAUCCAUGGGCAACAUGAAGCAGAAAACUCUUCCCAUGCGAAUGGAGGGCAGUUCGAUGGUGAACUGAAAGAGGAUCCGACCGGGGUGCCUCCAGAGUGGACACCACCAAAUUUAAGUGUUCCAGUUCUAAAUUUAGUUGACAAUGUCUUCCAGCUCAAAAGAAGAGGCUGGCUAAGGAGGCAGGUUUUUUGGAUAUCAAAGCAAAUAUUGCACUUGAUCAUGGAGGAUGCCAUUGAUGACUGGCUUUUGAGACAGAUCCAAUGGCUCCGAAAAGAGGAGGUCAUCUCACAAGGGAUUCGGUUGCUUCAGGACCUUCUGUGGCCCGGUGGAAAAUUCUUUCUGACGUUCCGCAUUCAAUCAAAACUUAACAAUGACAAUACGGGAGCACAAACUACAAGUCACCAAGGUGGGAGGAAUGUUGCUCAGCCUCCAACUUUCGAGCAACAGCUUGAGGCAGCUCGCAGAGCUAGUGAUGUGAAGAAGAUCAUCUUCGAUGGUGCUCCGGCUGCCUUGGUCAGCUUGAUCGGGCGUAAGCAGUACAAACGUUGUGCUCGUGAUAUAUACUAUUUCAUUCAGUCUACAAUAUGUUUGAAGCAACUUGGGUAUGCAAUUCUGGAGCUUGUUCUGAUAACAAUAUUUCCAGAAAUGCGUGAGCUGGUGAGAGAUAUCCAUGAAAAGAUGCAUAUGCAGCACUCACAGUUUUGAGCUUUGUUAUACAUGUCAAGAAUUAGUGUAGUACUCGAAUUUACUUCAUUUUUUUAGGCCUUUCUGCAAUCCUGUUCCGAUGUUAUUUUCAAACACAAAUUGUAUUUCACUUGGAACAUAUUUUAGUAAUUAUCAUUAUUUAUUCUUAA